CUGUUUGGGUGCAGUAGCUGGAAAAAUGGCAGCUGAUACAGGAAGAUACCGGAGUGCUGUUAGCAAAAGCAAAGAUCCUUCAGGCUUACUUAUCUCCGUUAUAAGGACCCUGUCCAGCAGCGAUGACAAGCAGGACAGAGAGACGGAGAAGGGCCGCCUGGAGGAGGCGUUUGAGAAGUGCGACCGGGACCUGGAUGAGCAGAUCGUCCAACACUACGCUGAGCUGACCACCGCCAUCCGCACCUACCAGAGCAUCACCGAGAGAAUCACCAGCUCCCGUAACAAGAUCAAAGGGGUGAAGGAGAACCUGCUGUCCUGUAAGAUGCUGCUCCACUGCAAGAGGGAUGAACUGAGGAAGCUGUGGAUCGAAGGCAUCGAGCACAAACACGUCCUCAACCUGCUGGACGAGAUUGAGAGUAUCAAGCAGGUCCCACAGAGACUGGAGGCCUGCAUGGCCAGCAAGCACUACUUGCAUGCCACCGACAUGCUGGUGUCAGCGGUGGAGUCUCUGGAGGGCCCCCUGCUGCAGGUGGAGGGUCUGGGGGACCUGCGUCUGGAGCUCCACAGUAAGAAGCUCAACAUCCACGUGGUCCUCAUCGACGAGCUGCACCGGCACCUCUACAUCAAGUCUACCAGCCGCCUGGGGACCAAGAACAAGGACAAGAACCAGGGACGCCACGGCGGCUCUACAACCAAAGACACGUCCCCUCUGCCCCAGCUGGAUGUCAGCAGCCUGUCCACCCCUCGCAAGCUGAUGGACUCCUCCCAGUUCAGCACCCCAGGGACCACCAGCAUGCGUGAGCUUCAGGCGCACCACGAGGCCCGCGAGGACCCUGACGUGCACCCGGAGGAGAACACCCAAGAGUUCAUGGGCGUCCUCAUCAAAGGCCUGGCCAAGCUCAAGAAGAUCCCGGAGGCUAUCAAGGCCAUCAUGGAGCGCCUGGAGCCUGAGCUGAAGCAGAUACUGAAGAGAUCCACUACCCAGAUAGCUGAUCACGCCUACCAGAGAGGAGAGAACCUAGCCACAGAGAGCCAGCCCAG